AUGCUCCCGCCCCUGGCUAAGCCGCCCUUCGCUGAAUUUGGUCCUAGAAAUAAGGGCGAUCAAUUUCCUGUUAACCCGGGGGAGACGGAGCGCGCCGAACACGGCGAGUUGCUCAAAGCAAAAUGCGCGGCCACGGGCGCGCUUAUAGCGUUCACGGCCGAUCGCAAGCCACCGGCCGACGUGCCCAACAAGUUCGUCGCCAACAUCCCGUUCUCGCGCAGCAGAAUCGUAUGGAGUGAGCAUUUGGAGAACCUCAAGAAAGUGGUCGGUACAGGGGAGAAGGUGGGAUCCGGGACGCUCAAUGCCUGGAUUCAGUACCCGGAUGAUGAUGCCCUCGUUGUCGAGGACGAUGAAACGGGUUUCGAUUCCGACAAAAAGGAAGAUUCUAGGAGUACGAUUAAGGAGUUCAAAGACGUCAUCGAGGGCGCGGUCAAAGCACUGGUUGCGGAUGAGGACAGGUGGUCUUGGGUAACCCGAAAGCCGGCCAAAAAAGGCAGAAUGACGGUGGGUGACGGCAGAGUGAAAUACAAGCCCAAAGGGCAGAAAGAGCACCAGUCCAAAACAGGGUCAGGGUCACACCGCUCUGCGGAAGAGUGA